AUGAGAAAUGAACAAAUACGAAAAAACACAUUGGGCACCAAGAAGACCAAGCAGAUUGCAGAAUGGAGUGCAGGAGCAUGCCUGUGCAAUAGUUGUAAAAAAUGCACAGAAACAGAUAUGGAUUGCAUAAGGAGGAACCUAAUUGACAGUCAAGUAGGUGUUUGCAGUAUGUUGAGCAAACUAUCGACCAGUGAUGGGCUGAACAUGCAUGAGUAUGUGUGUGCAGAGACACUGGAGAUGAUUUUGCAUGUAUAUAGAAGAAGGCUUUACAGAUCGGCAGAUGUGAGGAAGCUACUUGCCAAGAUGGCAGUUGAUGAGUGUGAUGAGAUAGAAAGGAUGGUGUAUAGGAUGCUGUGCAGGCGAAGGAUUGUUUUCAGAAACUACCUGCUGAAGCUGUCAUUUAUGAAGGCUUUUCCAAGGUUUAAGCGAUUUUUUGUUGGCGAUGAUUGUGCAGAGUAUAGAAUGCAGGUACUUGUACACAGAAUACAGUACAUGGGCGAGGGUAUAGUGGAAGACAUCGAGAAGGAAAUAAUGCAAAUACCUGAUGGCAAGAUGUGUGCGUAUCUUGAUGUGGUUGGGCCAUACAUGCAUCAGAAUGUGAUUGCAAAUGUGAUGGAUAGAGUUGGUAACUGUAAAAAGGCAGGAGUUGGAAAGCAUCUUGAUCAGGAUGUGUAUUAUGAAAAGAUAUGUGAAGUUUUGAUUGGAGUAGAGACUGCUGAGAAGGAUGAAGUGCUCCAUAGUAUGUUGGAUGUUGAUUGUGAGAAGCUUUACCUAUCUCUGCUGAAGUGCUGUAUACAGAGAUGCAUGGACAGGAGGAGUUUCGAUGGGCUUCUGGAUGUUAUGCGGCUAACAUGUGUUAGUAAGGAGAUGAGGAUUGAGCUACUGUGUGGAUGGAUGAAUGGUCUUGUGUAUUUCCGCAGGCUUGGAGAGUUUGUAAAGGUGUUUGAAAGUGUUAGGGAAAGGAUGAAUGGGCAUGGGGUAUUUGAAAAGCUCUAUGAUGCAAUAUGCAGAUACAAGAAGAGCGGAAGGCUGGAUCUUGAUGAUUUUUUUGAAGAAUGCAAUGGAACGAUGAAUAAGAGGUUUGAGCUGUACAGCUGGAGAGAAAUAUGUGAGGUGUACAAAUACAGAUGA